AUGUUUUCUAUUCUGUCCGAUAUCUGGGGGCAGUUGAAGUCUUUGAAGCCGGCCUUCAUUUCAAAGACCCCGCAUUUCAAUUUCAUCACGGUCCAUUACUUCUGGAUCAUUGGCAUGGCCCUUUUCGGCUCUCUAUGCCUGUACAUCCGAGGAGAUCUCGCCUACAUCGAUGCGCUAUUCUUUGCCAGCGGAUCUGCCACCCAGAGUGGCCUCAAUACCGUGGAUCUGAACCUUCUGAAUACCUGGCAGCAGGUGGUCUUAUACCUGAUUUCCAUCGUUACCAACCCGAUCACCAUCAACUCGUUCGUCGUGUUCUUGCGAUUAUACUGGUUCGAGAAGCGUUUCCAGCAUAUUGCGAGAGAGUCUAGGAAGAACCGCCUGAGUAUUGCAAAGGCCAGGACACUAGAGCCAGACAUCGGGGAUGAGGAGAGGGGAGUCAGAGGACGACGUAUCAUCGUGAACCAUGCUAGCACAAGACCAAAUGGUAUGACAAACAAGGACGCGAUCCCUGAGGACUACGAUGAUCAGGUUAAGAAGGAGAAAAUCUUGGCCAGUGACAAUGCCAGUGGCUCUCAUUCAUCGGAGAGCACUACCAAAGGCCGUGGUUCAGAGACAGCAGUGGAUGACGACGAAAAAUAUCUAGUCGGGGAUCAGUCUAGACCUCAGAUCAAGUUUGCGGAUCAAGUAAAGAGGAGCAAUGGCCUGGCCGAUGAGCCAAUUCGGUUGCCAGCUCAGCGUAGCCACGAAGACCAUAUUGCCUUUCUCGAGCGUCAGCGGAAUCAGGACGAGGGAGCUGUGCUCAGGAUCCCUGGACCACGAGAUGCAGAUGCAGGCGUAGCGCCGGUCACUCUGGAUCAUCAGGACCAAAUUUCUCCCAUAAUGUCUAGACGAGAAUCCAGGCUUUCAGGACAGUUCUCCCAUCAGGACCAGACUUCAACUAAGCAGGGCAAUGAGGAACACCCACCGUCGGCGAGACGGAAUAUCACAAUCGCAGAGCCCACUCAAUCUCAUAUCACCGAAAAGAUCGUUGUCGAUGCAAAGGCUGCCAAAGACACAUGUGGCGUUCUACGACUUCGUAGACCUAGAAUAUUUGGUGGCGAGAAAACAGACGCCGACGAACACACCCAACACGCUCGGAGAUCGUCAACCUUUAACACAAUCAUGACAGCACUGUCGAGAGACAAAGACGAGGGUAUGCCAUAUUUGAGUUGGGAGCCAACAGUCGGACGAAACUCGGCCUUCGUAGACCUAACCGAGGAGCAGCGAGAAGAGUUGGGAGGUAUCGAGUACAGAUCCCUGAAGUCAUUGGUUCUCAUCCUGAUCGCCUAUUACGUCGGCUUUACACUCUUCGGCGUGGUCAGCAUCGUGCCAUGGAUAUUCAGCGACGACUCUUACGGAACAAUUGUCGAAGCUGCCGGGGCCAGUCGCAUCUGGUGGGGAAUCUUUACAUCCAACUCGGCCUUCACCGAUUUAGGCUUCACCCUUACCCCUGACAGCAUGAUUUCCUUCCAGAAAGCUCAAUGGCUUUUGGUGGUGAUGUCCUUCCUCAUCAUCAUUGGCAACACGGGGUUUCCUAUAAUGCUCCGAAUCAUCAUAUGGAUUACUUCAAAGUAUGUUCCAAGGGAGAGCGGAAUCUGGGAAGAGCUGAAAUUCUUGCUUGAUCACCCUCGUCGAUGCUUCACUCUUUUGUUUCCUUCAAAGGCAACGUGGUGGUUGUUUUGGAUCUUGGUCAUCCUGAACGGGGUGGACUUGGUAUUCUUCAUCAUCCUCGAUCUGGGUAACGAGAUAGUCACUGACCUUCCGGUCCACAUUCGAGUCCUCGCUGGCUGGUUUCAAGCUGUGUCGACCCGUACAGCUGGAUUCGCCGUGGUCAAUCUCGCUGCACUCCACCCUGCCAUCCAAGUAUCGUACCUCAUCAUGAUGUAUAUCUCCGUUCUCCCCAUCGCGAUUUCGGUGCGUAGGACCAAUGUAUACGAAGAGAAGUCCCUCGGUAUCUACGGCUCUUAUCAGGAAGACAACGCCGACAUGGAGGAGCCUUCAUACGUAGGUGCACACUUGCGGCGUCAACUUUCCUUCGAUUUGUGGUAUAUCUUCCUGGGACUCUUCAUCAUUUCCAUUUCCGAAGGCGAGCGUAUCCAAAACGGCGACCCAGCAUUCACCAUGUUCAGCGUUCUCUUCGAAAUUAUCAGCGCAUACGGUACCGUUGGUCUCAGUCUCGGCUACACCAACAUCAACGCCUCGUUCUCCGCUGAGUUCGGCAUCAUAGCUAAGCUCGUCAUUAUCGCUAUGCAGAUUCGUGGCCGCCAUCGUGGUCUCCCCUACGAAUUGGACCGCGCCAUUCUCCUCCCAAGCGAACAUCUCCAAAAGAGAGAAAUGGAUGACGCCGUACGCGCAAUGCGAAGACGUUCAUCCCUCGCCACAAUGGCGGCCAAUGGUGGUCCUGUCAGCAGCGGUGCACUCAAGACUGCACGUACUAGAAGUCGCAGCCCGGUCAACCUCCUUGGCACGCUCUUGCAUCCUGGCCCUACUAUUCCGAACAGCCACCGCGAUCCGAUGCCGUACAAGUCAAGGAGAGCGAGUACGGUGUCUGUGGGUAUGAGGAGCCGCACAACACGGAGCGUGAGUUCGGCUCAUUCGUCUUGCGCUGAUGGUCCGACCGAGAAGAGAGGUCGAACGGAGGGACGCAGGAGUUUCUUUCAAGAGGGCGUCAAUCCUGCGCCUACUGUGCAUCCAGAGACUAUCUCCGAAGCUACGUCGCCGGCCACUAGCGGAAACACGAGCAUGGGCGUUAGUAUAAAAUGA